AACGAUCUCUCGUGCUCCUUCCCAGAUCUCCAUUGGUCAUUUCGAGAAAGUGAGCUUCUCUGCCGUCGAUAUGGGAUCUCGAUCGAGAUCUGUCAACGAAUAUGCUUCCGCGAUGAUUUCGGCGCUUCUCUUCCUUUUGCUUGUUCACGGCACCAACUGUUUCUACCUUCCUGGUGUCGCCCCCGAGGACUUCCAGAAGGGAGAUCUGUUGAAGCUGAAAGUGAACAAAUUGACAUCUAUAAAGACACAACUUCCUUACUCUUAUUAUUCACUUCCUUUCUGUGCUCCGAAAAAGAUAGUGGACAGUGCAGAGAAUCUUGGGGAAGUGCUUCGUGGUGACCGAAUUGAAAACUCUCCUUAUGUGUUUAAAAUGAGAGAGCCACAAAUGUGCACCAUUCUUUGUCGAAUUACACUUGAUGGCAGGACAGCAAAGCAGUUUAAGGAGAAGAUUAAUGAUGAAUACCGUGUCAAUAUGAUCCUGGAUAACCUUCCUCUUGUAUUUCCUGUUAGAAGAUUAGAUCAGGAGCCUCACACUGUUUAUCAGCUUGGCUACCAUAUUGGGCUUAAAGGGAAAUAUGCUGGGAGCAAGGAGGAAAAAUAUUUCAUUCACAACCAUUUGGCAUUUACUGUCAAAUAUCAUAAGGAUUUGCAAACUGACUCUGCUAGAAUUGUUGGAUUUGAGGUUAAACCAUACAGUAUCAAACAUGAAUAUGAGGGGCAGUGGAGUGAGAACGCUCGUUUAACAACAUGUGAUCCCCACAAUAAACGCACGGUUGUUAAUUCUAACACUCCUCAAGAAGUUGAAGCAAAGAAAGAGAUUGUAUUCACCUAUGAUGUUGAUUACCAGGAGAGUGAUGUGAAGUGGGCAUCUAGAUGGGAUGCGUAUCUUUUAAUGAGUGAUGAUCAAAUCCACUGGUUCUCAAUUGUCAAUUCUUUGAUGAUUGUUCUCUUCCUUUCAGGCAUGGUAGCAAUGAUCAUGCUAAGGACGCUAUACCGCGAUAUUUCUAGGUAUAAUGAACUAGAAACCCAGGAAGAAACCCUGGAAGAGACAGGAUGGAAGCUUGUACAUGGUGAUGUUUUCAGGUCUCCAUCUAAUUCUGAUCUACUCUGCGUCUAUGUGGGCACUGGUGUUCAAUUUUUGGGCAUGAUAUUUGUAACCAUGAUCUUUGCUGUUCUCGGAUUUCUUUCCCCUUCAAACCGAGGUGGUCUUAUGACAGCUAUGCUCUUACUUUGGGUCUUCAUGGGUAUUUUUGCUGGCUAUGCCUCUGCCCGUCUUUACAAAAUGUUUAAAGGAACCGAGUGGAAGAAAGUAACUAUCAGAACUGCAUUCAUGUUCCCAGCCAUUGUCUUUGCCAUCUUCUUUGUCUUAAAUGCUCUCAUAUGGGGCCAGAAGUCUUCUGGGGCUGUGCCUUUUGGGACAAUGUUUGUUCUGGUUCUCCUGUGGUUUGGAAUAUCAGUUCCACUUGUUUUUGUGGGUGGUUAUAUUGGGUUCAGGAAGCCAGCAAUUGAGGAUCCUGUUAAGACGAAUAAAAUCCCAAGGCAAAUCCCUGAACAGGCUUGGUACAUGAACCCGAUUUUCUCUAUUCUGAUCGGAGGAAUACUUCCCUUUGGAGCCGUUUUCAUCGAGCUGUUCUUCAUUCUCACCUCAAUCUGGCUGAAUCAGUUCUACUACAUCUUUGGUUUCCUGUUCUUGGUCUUCAUUAUCCUGCUAAUCACUUGUGCUGAAAUAACCAUUGUGCUUUGCUACUUCCAGUUAUGCAGUGAAGAUUAUUUGUGGUGGUGGAGGUCAUAUCUGACGGCAGGCUCCUCAGCCUUGUAUCUAUUUAUAUAUGCCACAUUCUACUUCUUCACAAAGCUUGAGAUCACUAAACUGGUUUCCGGGAUGCUUUACUUUGGAUACAUGCUAAUUGCGUCAUAUGCAUUUUUCGUUCUAACCGGUACCAUUGGAUUUUAUGCAUGCUUUUGGUUCACAAGGCUUAUCUACUCGUCUGUCAAGAUUGAUUAAAUGUGUGAAACAUGAUUUGGGUUAUGAUUAUGUUUGUCUUAGGAGGUAUGGUUGAAGAUUAAGAUGCAACCAUGCUCUUAUUUGUAGACUUUAAUGCUCAUUUUU